AACUUAAAGUAUAUAUAUGCAAGCUCAGCUCUGGUGGAGACACACAGCAGGUGCUCUCCUCCCAGCCAGCCUGCCUCCUUAUCCAGCCAAGAAGACCACAAAGUUCAACAAUGGCCAUCACUGACAUCCUUUCUGCUAAAGAUAUUGAAUCUGCUCUCUCCAGCUGCCAGGCUGCGGAUUCCUUCAAUUAUAAGUCCUUCUUCUCCACGGUUGGCUUAUCCAGCAAAACUCCUGAUCAGAUAAAGAAAGUUUUUGGGAUCCUUGAUCAGGACAAGAGCGGCUUCAUUGAAGAAGAGGAGCUUCAGCUGUUCCUGAAGAACUUCUCUUCGAGUGCCAGAGUCCUCACCUCUGCGGAGACCAAGGCUUUCCUGGCUGCAGGUGACACUGAUGGUGAUGGCAAAAUUGGAGUAGAAGAAUUCCAGUCACUGGUGAAGGCAUAAACAGCAUUAGACCAAAGGCAGCCUUGGAUUGACUCUUCCAAUUACCUCGUC